AUGGGGAGUUGUUGCACGAAACAACAACUUGAGCACGAAGAUCCAGCAGUUCUUGCUGCCCAAACUUAUUUUAAUAUUUCUGAAAUUGAAGCAUUGUAUGAUCUGUUCAAGAAAUUAAGCAGCUCCAUGGUUGAUGACGGGCUUAUCAGCAAAGAAGAGUUUCAACUUGGCUUAUUUGGAAGCAGCAAGAAACAGAGCCUCUUUGCCGACAGGGUCUUUCAUUUAUUUGACUCAAAAAACGAUGGGGUGAUAGAAUUUGGAGAGUUUGUUCGAGGUCUGAGCGUCUACCAUCCAGCAGCGCCACAAGCACAAAAAGCAGAUUUUUCAUUUCGACUCUAUGAUAUACGGCAAAGGGGCUUUAUUGAACGUGAAGAGGUGAGAGAGAUGGUACUGGCAUUACUAAGUGAGUCGGAUUUGGUUCUGUCUCAUGACAUAAUUGAGGUCAUAAUUGACAAGACCUUUGAAGAAGCGGACUCAAAAGGAGAUGGAAGGAUAGAUGGGGAGGAGUGGCAAGAGUUUGUGGCUCAAAAUCCAUCCUUACUCAGGAAUAUGACCAUUCCAUAUUUGAAGUAA